AAAAUUAUGCAGUGUUUGGCCCCCCCGAUCACCACAACCUACCGUGCUCAACUUACUUUGCUCGCUCCCAGUAAGCAUAGUCCAAUCCUAAACAAGUAUGUGAAGCAAAGGGUGUCUUCCCAUGUGUCUUCCCAUGUGUUUACUCAUCUUUCAGGAGAAAAAAUUAUGCAGGGUUUGGCGGCCAUCACCACCACCCACUGUGACCCUCUUACUUUUCUCGCUAACAGCUGGAAGCAUAGUCCGAUCCUAAACAAGUUUGUGAAUCAAAAGGUGUCUUUCCCCAAGUUGAAUUCAUCACCAAAACUUAAAUUGUCAGCAAACUCAGUCUCACAGAGACGUCCCCGUAUGAUUACUCCUCUCUCAGCAACUGCACCUGUGAAUUUUGCAUCAGCAUCAUCAUCUGAUCAGCUCUUUGGUCAUGGCUUGCCAUCAUUGUCUCCUGGUCUGAGAAGACGUCAGAGACCAGUAGAGCCUGCGAGAGCAUUCAAAGACGACUUCUUCAAGAUCAAACUCCCUAAAAUCGAUGAGAGACCAGAGUGGUGGUGGAGGACACUGGCUUGUAUCCCUUACUUGAUAUCCCUCCAGAUAUCUGAUGUUGGGUUCUACGUCCAGCCUUUUCUAGAAAAGUACGACGCCAUUGGAGACAUGAUCUACUUCAUCCCCGGAGCGAUUAACCGAUGGCCGAGCUGGUUCUUCAUGCUGUACUGUUAUUUGGGUUACAUGUUUGUGGUGAAGAACAAGGACUUGCCUCAUUACUUUAGGUUUCAUAUGAUGAUGGGUAUGCUUCUAGAAACAGCUCUUCAGAUCAUUUGGUGUACGAGCAACUUCUUCCCGCUGAUUCAUUUCAAAGGACGGUUUGGGAUGUAUUACUGGAUGGUGAUUGGGUUCACAUACAUUUGUCUGCUUCUUGAGUGCAUACGGUGCGCUUUAGCUGGAGUUUAUGCGCAGAUUCCUUUUGUGACUGACGCUGCUUCCAUUCACACUCUCUUCAACUUGGGAGGCUUUUCGAGACCAAUCAGGUGA